AUUUGGGAGGCUUUCCUCUUCUUACUGGUCUUUCUUUUUCAAGGCAGUUGGUGAAGGCAAGUGGAAGGCAUGACCCCCUCCUCAGACAAAGAGCUCAACGGGCUAGAUAACCCCAGCUUCGUGGGUGAAGAUGGGAGCUGCUCCUGCUCCUCGCUGGAUCGCGCUUCCCGGGGCCCACGGAAAGGCAGAGGCGGGGGCCACGGCGGCAGCAAGCUUGCCUACACCGUCACCGACGUGCCCCCCUGGUACCUGUGCAUCCUUUUGGGCAUUCAGCAUUUCCUGACAGCCAUGGGAGGUCUCGUAGCCAUCCCGAUGAUCCUCUCCAAAGAGCUUUGCCUCCAGCAUGACCUCCUCACCCAGAGCCACCUGAUCAGCACCAUCUUCUUUGUCUCAGGGAUUUGCACCCUGCUGCAAGUCCUCUUUGGAGUCAGGUUGCCUAUUAUUCAAGGAGGGACUUUUGCGUUCCUGACCCCCACCCUGGCCAUGCUGUCUCUCCCCAAGUGGAAGUGCCCUGCCUGGACACAGAAUGCCACCCUGGUGAAUGCCUCUUCACCAGAGUUCAUCGAAGUCUGGCAGACGCGGAUGCGAGAGGUGCAAGGAGCUAUCAUUGUAGCUUCCUGCUUUCAAAUCUUCGUUGGAUUUUCUGGCCUGAUCGGAUUUCUGAUGAGGUUCAUCGGCCCCCUGACAAUUGCCCCCACCAUCACCUUGGUUGCGCUACCUCUCUUUGACUCGGCUGGGGACGAGGCUGGGCAGCACUGGGGCAUAGCAUUCAUGACUAUUUCUUUUAUAGUUCUGUUCUCUCAGUACCUGAAGGAUGUCUCUGUGCCGCUGCCGUCCUACCAGAGAGGCAAGAAGUGCCACCUCUCUCCCGUCUACCUCUUCCAGAUCUUCCCGGUGCUGCUGGGGCUCUCCCUGAGCUGGCUGCUCUGCUACGUGCUGACGGUGACCGACGUCCUCCCCGCGGACCCCUCCAGCUACGGCCACCUGGCCCGGACGGACACCCGUGGGGACGUUUUGUCCCAGGCUCCCUGGUUUCGGCUGCCUUACCCAGGCCAGUGGGGAGUGCCAACCGUCAGCCUGGCUGGGAUAUUCGGCAUCCUAGCCGGGGUGAUUUCUUCCAUGCUGGAGUCCGUGGGAGAUUACUACGCCUGCGCCCGCCUGGCCGGGGCCCCGCCGCCGCCGAAACACGCCGUCAGCCGCGGGAUCGGGGUGGAAGGCAUCGGCUGCCUCCUGGCCGGGGCUUGGGGGACGGGGAACGGCACCACGUCGUACAGCGAGAACGUGGGGGCCCUGGGCAUCACCAAGGUAGGGAGUCGAACGGUGAUCGUUGCCGGUGCCUGCGCCAUGCUCCUGGGCGGCAUCUUCGGGAAAGUCGGGGCGAUGCUUGCCAGCAUACCCGCCCCCGUGAUCGGAGGCAUGUUCCUCGUGAUGUUCGGAGUUAUCACGGCAGUGGGGAUUUCCAAUUUGCAGUACACAGAUAUGAACUCCUCCAGAAAUAUCUUUAUCUUUGGAUUUUCUGUAUUUGCUGGCCUCACGGUUCCCAACUGGGCAAGCAAAAAUAGUACACUGCUGGAAACAGGAAUCAUCCAGCUGGACCAGGUGAUCCAGGUGCUUCUCACCACUGGCAUGUUUGUGGGCGGACUCCUGGGGUUUAUCCUUGAUAACACCAUUCCAGGAACACAGGAGGAGCGGGGGCUCCUGGCAUGGAAGCAUAGCCACAAGGGAGAGGCGGACAACUCUCAGCUCAUUUCCAAAGUCUAUGAUCUUCCGUUUGGCAUAGGUACCAGAUACGGUGCUCUCUCUUGGUUUCGGUAUCUCCCCGCUUGCCCCAAAAGACAACCUGGCGGCAAGAGAAUGGAUGAACUGAAGGCUGCUGGACGGGAAAGCAGUGUUAAAGCAAGCUCAGAAAGAGACUCUGAGAUAGGUGCUGAUACAAGGAUAUAAGAACUGGCCUGCAGGUGAACUCGUCUCAGAAGCAGAGGUCUGAAAAGUGCGUCUGCAGCCCCCAUCAUUUGAACAUAAGCUGGCAGCUGUUAGAGGCUGGAGUGGGAGAAUGAUAACGUCUUUCUCUUCCCAGCUCUGUCCCCUGCACCACUGGUGACAUGAAGGAGUUGUUUUUCUCCUCUCUGCUCCUGCCUGCCCACCACUGGGAAAAACAUAAUCCCUGUUGGGAAACACGAAAGCCCAAGAAAUGCCCGAAAAAGAUGUUCAGUCUCCUUCCUUGCGCUGAGCCUUGGGGACCCCAAGGAGCAGCCGUUCAGCUGAAGCAGAACUCUUUCUGUCCCCUGCCCUGGCCACUCAAGGGGCCACAGCAGAAGAAGGCAUCCCCGACGUGGCAUCCCUUGGGCUGAGGCCAAUCCCCACCACCUUAAAGAUCUGUAAAGGCAAUGCUCACCUCUCAGCUUGUGGUUUACACCUCAUCCUGGCCAAGGGGAAGGAGUGGGCACCUCUAGGUCAUGAUUCAUCUCAUUCCCUAUUGCCAUACUGUAAAGUCAGUCAAAUGAAUGUUGUUCUAAGAGAGGAGUCUAAAGUUAAUGGGAUGGAUUGUCUUCUGAACGUGCCUCUCCCACCUUAGACCGCAGAGGGAAUCUAGAGAUCUUACUUAGGUUCUUGACCUAACAGAAAAACCCAGCUUCACCGAAAUGAGUCCCACCUGGGGUGCUGGGGGCAGUGUCGGGGGAGCCAGCUUCCCCAGGGCACCAAACCCUACAAAGAUGAAAGAAUCGUCAUCAAAGAUGAAGGAGAAAAGUCUUCUGCUCACAAUCUGAUGCAUCCCUGCUACGUCCUGUGUCCCCCCACUCUACCUGUUUGGUCUGGUGUGGUGACUGUGCGGUGACAACCACUUCUCUGGAAAAUGGUUUGCAGAUUCUUGCUCCUGUCCGCUAUCAGCAGAAACAGCCUUAACCUAUAUGGCCAUAUAUGAUGUGAUUGCACGUGGUGCUGAUUGCCGGUGGUGUGUGAUAACACUGUUGCUGUAGCAUAAGCUUGUGUUUCCUGCACUGAGAUUUAU